AACGCCUAACGCAUGACAACUCAAUUCAAUCGUUUCCGAAAAUCAAAAUCACACCCAAAAAAUACUUUUCCAAUUCUGCAACUAAGUUGUCGAUCGUGGCUAUCUUGGGUCUCAAUCUUAAAUUGACCAUGGCUUCUCCCUUCAGCACGAAUCCUUACAGACUGGCGCGCCACGUCACCACCACCACUCCCCCACUACCACCAACCCCCUACACUAACUGGUGGAGGAUAGCACCCUGCGCACACUUCUCCCCCGCGGCGCACGUUAGUUCCCUCCCCAAUAAUAAUAAUAACCUACCCCUCCUUUUUCCUAUGUUUAGUUGCCGCAAAACUUGCUUCUCCUCUUCUGCUCCCACUCCCUCCUCCUCCCUUAAUAAAGCCGGCUUUUCCGGGUCAAAUCUAAAUCCCAGCCCUCCUUCCGGGUGGGGGAUUGUCGCAGACAUGGAUCCGGAUAACGAUAAGACCGCUAAUGGUGGUGAUUGGUACGAUAAUUCAACGCCGUCAACGUCGAUGCCGCAACAACAACAACAACCACAGUCUUCGAAGGUGCUCACUUUACCUACUAUCUUAACGCUCGGUCGCGUUGCCGCCGUGCCUCUCCUCAUUGGCACCUUCUACGUAGAUAGUUGGUGGGGAAGGACUGCAACAACCAGUAUUUUCAUUGCUGCCGCAUUCACAGAUUGGCUUGAUGGUUACCUUGCUCGCAAGAUGAGGUUAGGCUCUACUUUUGGUGCAUUUUUGGAUCCAGUAGCUGACAAGCUUAUGGUUGCUGCAACAUUGUUCUUACUAUGUACGAGGCCUUUGGAAAUAUCAGUGUUUGGACAAGUGCCAUGGUUAUUGCCUGUGCCUGCAAUUGCAAUAAUUGGUAGAGAGAUAACCAUGUCUGCUGUUAGAGAGUGGGCUGCUUCUCAGAAUGCUAAGCUUUUAGAGGCUGUUGCAGUAAAUAAUCUGGGCAAGUGGAAAACUGCGACGCAAAUGAUUGCACUAACCAUCCUCCUAGCUAGUCGAGAUAGUAGUCUUGGAGGGCCAUGGUAUCUAGUAGGUUCUGGUGUUGCUUGUCUUUAUUUUUCAGCUGGGCUUUCCUUAUGGUCUUUAGUUGUGUAUAUGGAGAAGAUAUCAAAGGUGUUGUUCAAGUAGUUCAAUUGAUCCACUGCUUCAUGCUAGCUGAAAUAUACUCCUCAUGGUGGGUUUGUGCAGAGGUCUUGUGGUAUUUAACAUUUUUUAAUUAUUGUCUUCACACAUUGAAGCAGGGUUCUUCAGAUUAGAAUUGAGGGGAACGGAUUUCUUUUCCAGAGUUUGUGCAUAUGUAAGUUACUUGAAAGUGCAGAUAUAGUUCAAAAUCUCAAAACUUCCCCAAUUUUGAGUGUAAUGUUGUAGAUGUCAAAAAAAGAUAUUAUCCCCAUCUCCAA